CUGUUGUAACGAAAGCUAGUUUAUAGAGUUAUAGUUUCUUUUCUGUCUGAGGUUCUAGCCAUGGCUUCAUCAUUCUCAGUACCUUCAAUGAUUAUGGAAGAAGAAGGUAGGUUUGAGUCAGAAGUUGCAGCGGUGCAAGCAUGGUGGGGUUCCGAGAGGUUCAAGCUAAUUCAUCGUCCCUACUCAGCUCGGGAUGUUGUCUCCCUACGAGGAAACCUCAGACAGAGUUACGGCUCCGACGAACUCGCAAAAAAACUAUGGAGAACUCUCAAAACUCACCAAGCUAAUGGAACUGCCUCAAGAACCUUCGGUGCACUCGACCCUGUUCAAGUCACCAUGAUGGCUAAGCACUUGGACUCGAUUUACGUCUCUGGAUGGCAAUGUUCGUCGACUCACACUUCAACCAACGAACCAGGUCCUGACCUCGCCGAUUACCCUUACGAUACUGUUCCAAACAAAGUUGAACAUCUCUUCAUGGCUCAGCAAUACCAUGACAGGAAACAAAGAGAAGCUCGUAUGAGUAUGAGUCGUGAAGAAAGAGCAAGAACUCCUUUUGUGGAUUACUUGAAACCCAUUAUUGCUGACGGUGACACCGGUUUUGGUGGUGCAACUGCAACCGUUAAGCUGUGCAAGCUUUUCGUGGAACGUGGUGCUGCCGGAGUUCACAUCGAAGAUCAAUCUUCUGUAACCAAAAAAUGUGGUCACAUGGCUGGAAAAGUUCUUGUUUCAGUGAGUGAACAUAUCAAUAGGUUGGUUGCCGCUAGGCUACAGUUUGAUAUCAUGGGAACCGAAACUGUAUUGGUUGCUCGAACUGAUGCAGUGGCGGCGACAUUGAUUCAGACUAAUGUUGAUACUAGAGAUCAUCAGUUCAUCUUGGGUUCAACUAACCCACAAUUAAAAGGCAAGGGUUUAGCCACUGUUCUUGCUGCUGCUAUGGCUAAUGGAAAAACAGGAGCUGAUCUUCAAGCUAUCGAGGAUAACUGGUUGUCAAUGGCAAACUUGAAGACAUUCUCUGAAUGUGUUGUUGAUGCCAUUAAGAGCAUGAAUCUUGGAGAGGCAGAGAAGAGAAGGAGAUUAAAUGAAUGGAUGAACCACUCUAGUUAUGAUAAAUGUCUUUCUAACGAACAAGGCCGAGAAAUUGCUGAGAGGUUGGGACUCACCAAUCUUUUCUGGGACUGGGAUUUGCCUAGAACCAGAGAAGGGUUUUACAGGUUCCAAGGUUCGGUAAUGGCAGCUGUUGUUCGUGGUUGGGCUUUUGCUAACCAUGCUGAUAUCAUCUGGAUGGAAACCUCAAGCCCUGAUAUGCUUGAGUGCACUACAUUUGCUGAAGGUGUGAAGGCCAGACAGCCUGAAAUCAUGUUGGCUUACAAUCUGUCACCUUCUUUCAAUUGGGAUGCAUCUGGAAUGAAUGAUAACCAGAUGAUGGAUUUCAUUCCUCGCAUUGCAAAAUUGGGGUACUGUUGGCAGUUUAUAACUCUGGCUGGUUUCCAUGCUGAUGCAUUGGUUGUCGAUACGUUCGCUAAGGAUUUUGCUAGGAGAGGAAUGCUUGCUUAUGUUGAAAGAAUUCAGAGGGAGGAAAGGGUUAAUGGUGUUGAUACAUUGGCUCACCAGAAGUGGUCUGGUGCCAAUUACUAUGACAGGGUUCUUAAGACUGUUCAAGGAGGUAUCUCUUCUACUGCUGCCAUGGGCAAAGGUGUGACUGAAGAGCAGUUCAAGGAAAGCUGGACUCGACCAGGAAGUGUGGAGAUGACCGGAGGCGGUGCAAUGGUGAAUGCAAAGUCAAGGAUGUAAUAAGUCUAAUGAUGAUCAUGAGAUGAAGCAAGCUAGCUAUGUUACUUGCACUGAUAAUGAAGAAGGGUAGUUCAUGAAGUUUUAAUUACGUUUUAUCUAUUAAUUAAGUGGACUUCAUUAGAAUAAGUAUAUUUUCAUUAAUUAUUGUAUAAAUAAUUCCAGGAGGGAUAUUAUUGGGCUUACUUGAUGAUCAUGGUUUUGGCAUUUUAAGCCAAUAUAUUUCAUGAUGGUUGGAACCUCUUUGUAUAAGGUUUCUCUGAAGCUUAUGAAAAAUAUUCA